AUGAGUUCUAAAGGUGCGGUGUCCACGCAAGGCAGAAAGAAGUCCAAGUCAAAUCAGCAGCAAAAACAACCUGCUGUUGCUCAGAAGGGUACACCAACUUUGAAAAGAAAGAGGAAAGAUAGUCAGGAAGAUGAAGGCAGCUCCUUAGCCAGCGGCAAUGAAAAACAUGACGAAGAUGUCUCCAAUUCUGAAAACUCCAGCAGCGGUAGUGAUGAACCGGCGGACAUGACUGAUGAUGAAAUGGAUUUAGCCGAUGUUUCUUCCUCUGAGUCUGAGCCAGACUCUAACGGGGAAGAUCAUGAAAGUGAAGAAAACGGCGAAGAUGAAGAUGCUUUCCCCAGAAAGAAAAAGUCCAAGAUCAGUAAACAUGAUGAUGGAUCAUCAGGAUUUUCAUCAGCAGUUAGUGCAAUUUUGUCUUCUCAUUUGAAGGCCUAUGAUCGUAAAGACCCAAUUAUGGCAAGAAACAAAGCUGUUCUUAAAAAGAACGACACCGAUAAAUUGGAACAAAAAGCGAAAAAAGCUUUGUUAGUGGAAAAGAAAAAACUCCUUAACAAAACUAGAAGGAAAGAAAUAAUUCCGACUGUAUCAGCUGACGCAGAAUCGGGGGACGAGAUAAGAAAAGUCUUGGAAAAGGAAAGGAAGUUGCGGAAGAUAGCUCAAAAGGGUGUAGUUAAACUAUUCAAUGCUAUUCUUGCAACUCAGGUGAGAACAGAAAAGGAGGUUACUGAAAAGUUAGAUGGUGUCAAGAAUCGGGCUGAAAAAAAUGAGCUGCUGACAGAAUUGUCUAAAGAGAAAUUUUUGGACUUAGUCAAAGCUGCUGGUGAUUCAUAG